GAGAGCCGCCUUGCUCCAUAGCGCCUGGCUGCUUGACCAGUCAACCUUUCUGUCGGCAUUCCCCUGGUCUGGUUCCUUUGAAAGACAGAAAGAUGGGUAACAAUCACAGUGCGAACCGCCAUGGUGCCGUUAUCGACGACCACACACUUGACUUCCUCCACAAAGCCGACAGAGAUGCCCUCCACACGUAUGCAAACCACACACGAAUCAAUGAGGGAGGGGGAGCGGCAGUUGACAGCUCUGUGUGUGUGUUUGGGUGUGUUGUGCCAUCUGUGUAUGUGUGAGCCGGUCGGAGGUCGGCAGCCUCAGAGUCACGGCCCAUUUCCUCUAUGAAGUCGACUUCUCGGCUGCCGUCCUGCGCAAUCGCCUGGGCCGCUGCCUGGCGGCCAAGGGACUUCAGACCAUCAUCGCCUUCGACGCUCAGCUGGACCGGCCUCUGCUGCUGAAGGCCAUCUGGCUGGUGGACACGCAGCAGUGGACUGAGGUGGCCAAUGCGCUGAAGUUGGCGAGGCAGAGGGGGUUCUGUCAGCUGCCGAUAACACUGGCUGUGGCCGACAUGCAGCGUCACGAUAGCAAACAGGUGGGCAGAUGA